GACCCCGACUGGGAGGCCAUCGCAUGCCAGGAUGAUUCCUAUGUGACCGGUGUAGCUAUCGGCUUUGACGAACCGGAGACAGCAGACCAGCUUGAAAGGAAGUUCAAGGAGGAGGAAGCCCUGGGACGGAUGGCUCCAUCCACGCAUCCUGUGCUUGAGCAGAAGUAUGGGAAAGACAGGGUUCGUAUAGCAUCCCUAGGAGAUGUGACUGCAGCUCACCGCCUCUUCUUGGUGCGGGAGAUGGAUUGGCCAUUGCUCUGCUGCAAGGUGGACAACAGUUCGCCUGUAGUAUGGUACAAUAGAGUGGGGACCUUCGGGAUCAGCUCCUCGGCCUUCUUGUGGUCGCGCCUCUUCGGGAUCAUAGGUAGAUGUGCAGCCCGAUUUCUCUUGACGCUUUGGUUUUACCACUUAGUCUUUGUGGAUGACGUCCAUGCAAACUUUGCAGGUAAGGAUAAGUUUCAUCACUUGCUUAUGUGGCUAGCAUGCUUCGAGAUGUUCGGAACGCCAUUUGCUUACAAGAAAUUCCGUGGCGGGCUCACUUCGGCCUUUGUCGGGUAUGAGCUUUCAUAUCCUGACCAGCGCGUGGGGAUUUCAGAGUCCAGAGGCCAAUGGCUGCUGAAGUGGACGGUCAAGCGAGAAGGCGUGGCCUUUCGCACAGACGCCAAAUGCUCGGAUGGAUUCGUUGUCUUGGGCGGCUGGGAGUGCUCAGGUUCUACGCAGGAGUCGAAGUGGUUCUCGCUUCGGCUCACUUCCGCAGAAGCCCCUUACUUGUUCAACGCUGAAGGACAAAGCCAGUGGGCGUCAGCGUCUGCUGAACUGCUGGCGACUCUUGCAGCGCUUCACGUGUUCGGACACCUUGAAGCAGGCCCAGCACGUCGAGUGAUCACGGUUGAGUUGCUGGCCCAGACGGACAACAAAUCCAAUGAGGGCCUCGCCAGGCGAGGCAGCACGACGAAAUGGCCGCUGCUUAUGCUGAACAUGCAACUGUCGCAUUUGCUCAUGAAAUCAAGUUUGAGGCUCAACUUAGGCUGGCGCCCCAGAGAUCAGAACCAGGAGGCAGAUGCCCUGACGAACGAGGCAGAGGCAGUCCGCGACACUGUGGUGGGCAAGCCACGCUUCAAGGGCAAGAGGAAGAGAGACAAGUCUCCCUGGUGA